AUGAACUGGUCACUACUGUCAUUUCGAACACCCCCUCCCCCCUCAAUUAAUCAUUAUCUUCCUCCUCUUCCCUCUUCCGCGUACCAGUCACCCCCUCCCCUCUCUUCGGCGCGGCACAACUGUGUCACGGUACUUCAUCUACCGCUCUGGUUAGUACGGUACAUACAAGUUCGGCUAUGCCCAGGGUCCACUGGUAGUGAGCGCACACUCAUGUUACUCUCUACUCACUGGCUAGCACGGAACAUGGCCCUUUAUCGUCCGUAUCGUGGUCGAUGUACCGUACGUCGCCUAGUUGGCCUGUGA